GCAUGAGUGAUAACCAUAGAAAGGAAAGAAGCCAUAGUCAGGAUGGCAAGCAUUUUGCAGUCAACACAAGGAGAAAUUCGUAAGAUACUGUGGUUUCACCAUGAGCAUUUUCAGUGGGAAAUGCCGUCAUCUAAUCGGGCUAAAGGUGCACGAGGAGGAGCAAGGCAAUUAAAGAGGCAAGAACUGAGGCAUGCUCUCGCCUCUAGUGUGAGUCGUAUCGUGAGGAAUCCUCAAGCUGUGGCAUCUGAGAUUUCCACCACAGAACAAGAGGCUCAAACAUCUCUCCCUUGCAAUGAAAAGAUGAUGGCAAACUAUGUCCCAGUCUACGUAAUGCUCCCGUUGGGAGUUGUUACAGUUGAAAAUGUCUUGGAAGACAAAGACAGGCUUGAGAAACAGCUCAAGGAGCUACGAGCAGCUGGUGUGGAUGGCGUAAUGACAGAUGUCUGGUGGGGGAUCAUAGAAUCUCAAGGGCCUAAGCAGUACGAUUGGAGUGCUUAUAGGAGCUUGUUUCAACUAGUUAGAGAAUGUGGGUUGAAGUUACAAGCCAUAAUGUCUUUCCACCAAUGUGGAGGGAACAUAGGGGAUAUUGUCCACAUCCCACUUCCCCAGUGGGUACUUGACAUUGGAGAAUCAGACCCCGAUAUCUUUUAUACCAAUCGCACUGGUAACAGGAACAUGGAGUACCUCAGUCUUGGUGUUGAUAACCGGCGUCUCUUCUAUGGACGAACUGCUGUUGAGAUAUACAGCGACUGCAUGCAGAGCUUCAGAGAGAACAUGUCAGAUUUUUUAGAAGAUGGAUUUAUAAUAGAUAUUGAAGUGGGACUUGGCCCCGCGGGGGAGUUAAGGUAUCCCUCUUAUCCACGAAAUCAAGGAUGGGCCUUCCCGGGCAUUGGAGAAUUUCAGUGCUAUGACAAAUAUCUCAAGACAGAAUUCAAAGAAGUUGCAACAAGUGAAGGUCAUCCCGAGUGGGAAUUGCCAGAUAAUGCAGGGACAUACAACGACACUCCCGAAUCUACAGAGUUCUUCGGAUCAAAUGGUACAUACCUCACUGAGAAAGGGAAGUUCUUCUUGACAUGGUAUUCUAACCAGUUACUGAGCCAUGGUGACCAGAUCCUGGCUGAAGCAAAUAAAGCUUUUAUGGGCUGUAAAGUCAAGUUAGCAGCCAAAGUCUCCGGAAUCCACUGGUGGUAUAAAGCGGAUAAUCAUGCUGCAGAGUUUACUGCAGGAUACUACAACUUAAAAGAUAGAGAUGGAUACCGACCUAUAGCAAGGAUGCUGUCCAGGCAUUAUGGCAUUCUGAAUUUCACAUGUCUUGAGAUGAGGGACUCUGAACAAAGUGCUGAUGCCAAAUGCGGACCUCAGGAACUCGUUCAGCAGGUUCUGAGUGCAGGUUGGAGAGAGAACAUUGACGUUGCAGGAGAGAAUGCUCUUUCAAGAUAUGAUCGUGAUGGUUAUAAUCAAAUUCUUCUAAAUGCUAGACCUAAUGGUGUCAACAAAGAGGGCAGACCAAAACUAAGGAUGUAUGGGGUGACGUACCUUCGUUUAUCUGAUGAUCUAAUGCAGAAAACGAAUUUCAAUAUAUUCAAGACAUUUGUGAAGAAGAUGCAUGCUGAUCAGGAUUACUGUCCAGACCAAGGAAAGUACAACCAUCACAUAGGUCCAUUGGAGCGGUCUAAGCCAGAGAUGACAAUUGAAGAUCUGCUAGAAGCAACCGAACCAAUGGAGCCAUUCCCAUGGGACAAAGAAACAGAUAUGAGUGUCGGUGGUGCACUUGCUAAUUUGUUAGACAAGAUCUUUUCUAUGUUUAAGUGAGAACACAACCAAAUGGGGAAAUAAUUAAAAGUCAAAGAAUCAAUUGAAAAACUUUUUGAGUAUCUGUUGUUCAAAUAAAAGCUCCGAAUUUCCUA